AUGGAACGAAAUGGAAAAGAGCCUAGUGUCAUUGUUCAUCCAGUGACACAAACACAUUCAACGAAAUAUCACGCCACCGGCCACACUCAGUUGAUGUUCAGCUUUGGUAUUGAUUGGUGCGCAUUAAAAACGAAAAACUUCUUUCGGUCGAUGAUUCUCCAGAAAAAUUGGCAAGCAGACAUUUUUAUUCACAUUUUGCACAAACAGUCGAACGCACGAAAGUUACUUGUAUCGGUACUGGAUAUGGAUCCUGGCGAAGGUACUUCGGAUGGUCGUGUAAAGCGUAAAGCAAAUGGUAUUGAAGUGGAAAUCAAGCAAGAGCCCGACAUCAAGGAAGAGCCGUCGGAUGACAGUCAAUUUGUUUUGGUGACACGUUCAAGUGAAAGAUUUGUAGAAGAUGCAGCGACUAUGACAUCGAACAUCGAAUUAAUGGGCGAUCCUGGAUGUGAUUUAAAUCUCGAUUUUGAUUUGAAUUUUGUGAAAGAGGAAGUGAAGUGCGAAGAAGAGAAGCCAGAGAAAUAUUCCUCAGCGGAUUCAAGCUCAAAGGCAGACAAACCAAAUGCCCAUGCUGGUCAAAGUAGUAACUCAACGGUAAAAUCAAAAGGCAAUCGCAAUCGACUCAAUUCAAGCGUAAAGAAAAUGAAACGGGAUGGAUUAAGAAAACAGAACAAACGAAAGAUUCCGAGGAAUAAGGCGGCGAAGAAACGAAAGGAGCACAAGUGUCAUGUUUGCGGUUAUGUUGCAUCUUGUGAAAGUAACCUCACUAAACACAUUCGUGUUCACACAGGCGACAAACCCUACACAUGCGAUGUCUGUUCGAGAAGUUUCACUCAAAAAAGCGUUUUGAAUCGACACAAGAAAAUCCAUAGCGGAGAAAAAACAUUCGUAUGUUCAGUUUGUUCAAAAUCUUUUGCACUAAAAUGCACUUUGAAUCGUCACUUGCUAACUCACAAUGAUGAUCUUACCCAUUCUUGUCUGGAAUGUGGACAACAAUUUGCCACCGAAGACGCCCAAAAAUUACAUGAAAGACGCUGCAAACAACGUCGAUACGAAUGUUAUCUCUGCAAAUACAAAAGUUCCACCAAAGGCAAUCUCAAAAGACAUAUGCAAGCAAAACACACAGAUGAAUGUAAAUUUCAAUGUGAAGUAUGCGGGAAGAAAUGUAUCUAUAAAGGUGAUCUCAAUCGACAUUUAGCCAUCCAUCGUAAUCAGUUCCCAUUCGGUUGUACCAAGUGUCGCCGAGGAUUCGUAGAAGAAGAGGAUAAAACAGCACAUGAAACGAUCUGCAGCCGACGUCAAUAUCAGUGUUACAUAUGUGAAUAUUCCACGCUGUAUAUGACCAACCUACGUAUUCACAUACGAGUCCAUCAUACAGGGGAGAAACCGUUCGAGUGCAAGUGGUGUGACAUGCGUUUUGGUCACAAACAAAAUUCCAAAUUUCACAUGAAACGUAUUCACCAUGCCGAAAAAUGAUGCAGCGCUGGAUGGAAUUAUUUUAUUCAAUUCGAAUUAAUCCAACUCUUCAUUUUCUCAUUCAUAAUAUUACAUUUGAUUUGUUACUUCAUUCGAUGAUUAAAAUUUAGAAAAGUAGCUUUGCUCUCUCAAUAUAACUCUUACAACACAAUUUAAUGGAAAUCUAUUUGAAUCGCU